AUGCGUGCUAAUGAUCUAACGUCGUCAUCGAGCGCAAUGAAGUCAUCAACUAAUAACAGUAAUAAUAGUAACAAUAAACGCACUCAUCAAAUCUUCUCGUCAAUUCACUCGAAUGUAAUCCGAGCCAGUCACCCCACGAUUACUGCGAAACAAAAUCAGACUCCAGUGGUAGAGAAUCUGGCCAAGCGUUGUGGUGGUUUUUUGAAGAAGUUGAGUCUGAAGGGGUGUGAGAAUGUGCAAGAGAGUGCACUCAGAUCGUUUACCGUCAAAUGUCCCAAUAUCGAGCAGUUGUCUUUGUAUAAAUGCAAACGGGUCACUGAUUCAACAUGUGAUUACCUUGGUCGUAAUUGUCAUCGUAUGUUAUGGCUUGAUCUGGAGAAUUGCACUGCUAUCACUGAUAAAUCCCUCAAAGCUAUAAGUGAAGGAUGUAAAAGUCUAGAAUAUUUGAACAUAAGUUGGUGUGAUAAUGUACAUGAUGGUGGUGUUCACUGGAUAUUAAAAGGAUGUUCCAAGUUGAAAACACUGAUUUGUCGUGGCUGUGAAGGGAUCAGUGAGAAUGUAUUCCACGAGAUGCAUGAAUACUGUUCACAGCUGAGACGACUGAAUUUGCUCGGUUGUUUCGUAGUUGACGAGACAUGUGCAGAUAUCGCGGCGGGUUGUUGCAAUCUCGAGUACCUUUGCUUGUCAAUGUGCUCGCAGAUUACUGACCGUGCGCUGGUCGCUCUUUCGAACGGAUGUCCUUUGCUCAGAGAUGUUGAGUUGGCUGGCUGUUCGUUACNUCGCAGAUUACUGACCGUGCGCUGGUCGCUCUCUCGAACGGAUGUCCUUUGCUCAGAUGUUGAGUUGGCUGGCUGUUCGUUACUGACAGAUCAAGGAUUCGCGGUUUUAACGAAGGCGUGUCAUCGUUUGGAACGUAUGGAUCUAGAAGAUUGUUCAUUGAUCACUGACACAACUCUCGAGAAUUUGAGUAAACAGUGUCAACUUCUUAUCAAUUUGAGUCUGUCACACUGUGAACUAAUAACCGAUUCGGGGCUGCGUCAGUUGUGUAUGAAUCACAAUCUUAGAGGAAGUUUGAUGGUGCUUGAAUUGGACAACUGUCCUCAGCUCACCGACACCAGUCUUGACUAUAUGCGACAGUUGAGCUCAAUUCAGCGUAUCGAUUUGUACGAUUGUCAGAACAUCACCAAGGACGCUAUCAAACGUUUUAAGAUAUUCAAACCGAACGUCGAUGUUCAUGCCUAUUUCGCACCUGCAACUCCACCCGUCUCCGCACAGCCCGUACGAAAUGCCAUUUGUAGAUGUUGUGUCAUUCUGUAA